AGGCUUGGUGGUCAGUGAGGGAAGCCUGAGCCAAGCGUUGGACGUUCGUGGCAACGGACGUGGUACCGGACACCACACAGCAAUAAUGAAGUUCGUUAGGUUUAUAAUGAAAAAUGCCGCUCUGGCCAGCGUGCCCAAACAUAUCGAGCAUUUCUCGAAAUUCUCCCCGUCGCCGCUCUCCAUGAAGCAGUUUCUGGAUUUCGGCUCCAUUAACGCCUGCGAGAAGACGUCGUUCGUCUUCCUGAGGCAGGAGCUGCCCGUUAGACUUUCAAACAUCAUGAAGGAGAUCAACCUCUUGCCUGACAGGCUGUUGACAACCCCGUCUGUGCAAAUGGUGCAGAGCUGGUAUAUCCAGAGCUUAAUGGAGAUCCUUGAAUUCUUAGACAAGAAUCCCGAUGACCACAAAGUCCUUGGAGAGUUUGUCGAUGCCUUGGUGACCAUCAGGAACAGGCACAACGAUGUGGUGCCGACCAUGGCCCAGGGUAUCAUAGAAUACAAAGAGAUCUUUCCCCAGGACAUAGUCACCAACCAGAAUAUCCAGUACUUUCUGGACCGCUUCUACAUGAGCCGCAUCUCCAUCCGUAUGCUCAUCAACCAGCACACUCUUAUCUUUGACGGUACGACCAACCCCGUCCACCCAAACACCAUCGGAAGCAUUGACCCGCACUGUGAAGUCGGCGAUGUAGUCCAGGAUGCCUUCCACAGUGCCAAGAUGCUGUGCGAGCAAUACUACCUCCGCUCCCCCGAUCUGAUACUGCAAAAGAGACACAAUGAGAAGACGAGCUGCCCGAUAAGCAUUGUGUACGUGCCCUCUCACCUUUACCACAUGCUGUUUGAGCUCUUCAAGAACGCGAUGAGAGCUACUAUCGAGACUCACGAGAGCAGCAACGACCUCCCGCCCAUCCAGGUCAUGGUGUCUCUUGGGGGCGAGGACAUGUCAAUCAAGGUGAGCGACAAGGGCGGCGGUGUCCCGUUUCGCAGGAUCGAGAACCUCUUCAGCUACAUGUACUCCACAGCUCCGGCUCCACAGAUAGGAGAGCACUCACGGCCCCCACUGGCCGGCUUCGGAUAUGGUCUGCCCAUCUCUCGACUCUACGCCAAGUACUUCCAGGGCGACCUGCAGCUCUACUCUAUGGAGGGCUACGGCACAGACGCCGUCAUCUACUUGAAGGCACUGUCCACGGACUCCAUCGAAAGGCUGCCGGUGUACAACAAAACCGCUCUGAAGAACUACAAGGUGAGCCUGGAGGCCGACGACUGGUGCAUACCCAGCAAGGAGCCCCUAGAUCUGAGCAGCUAUAAGAUGGCCAAGUGAAAAUGUCGCCCAGCCCCGGUGCUUCAAACCCCCGAAGCCCCCAGAGUACGUCUUCAUAUUCCCAUGUCACCGUCUGCGAAAGGCAGACCGGACCGUUUUUCUACUCAGAGACUCCAGACUAGUGCAGUGUCCUCUUUUAAUUUCCUCUUUUUAGAAGUUGUAGCAUGUUGUCGUCUUUACUGCGUUAUCCUUUUCUUGUAAGAAAAAUACAAAACAGCUACUAACAGGGGACUUGUCAGACUUGGGUGAAGGAGUGUGUGGAAGUGUUGGGUGACGCUGAGCCUAGGGCGGGGGGGGGCCCUCCCAGCGCGUCAUCGACAGAAAUAAAUAUGGACACGGGCGAAAGACUAACAUUUCAUGCACGUUUUGAUGAGGACGUGCAGUGGUAGUCCGCUAACAGGAAGAACCUGUUGCUCAUCCCAGCCUUAUGAUAGCAGUCUCACCCAAAGGCUUAUUUUAUUGAAAUACUUGAAUAAUUUAAACUAAUACUUUGUGUUGCACAUCGUUGAACUUUACUGUACUGUGACGCUGUUGAUAGAUUUGAACAAAUGUUAAAAGUGCUUUUGUGCUGUCUGCAUGGAUUUUUGUUCAUGCUUUCGAUAUUUCAGCCUCGGAAGAAAAUAAAAAUAAAAAAUAUAUAUAUAUAUAUACAUAUAUAAUCAAAGUAUUCACAGUCUGGACCAGGCUGAGCGUAGUCGGCUCUUUUCUGUGCAUCAGCUAACAUUUAUUAAAGAGAAAAGGAGUGACGCGUGAUCGUACCCACACUUCCAUAGAGCCUAAGUUGCCCGUGAUGUGCUCCAGCCGGCCACAUGAGCCAGUCCUGGUUGGAGGUUUAAUGCUUCUCAACAGGUUCCAUUGAGCCAAGUGUUAUUAAACCCCAGCGGGUGUCGUGUUUGAGUUCCCUACCGGUUUGUGAUCCAUUAAGGCCGAGCCUCGGUCUCAGAUCUUUUAUUAAUCUGUGCCAUAAUAAGAAGGAAAGCCCUGGGUCCACGUGUGUUUUCUUUUGUAUUGAAUUUAUCUGAGUCACACAGUAUGUAAAAGCUUAUUUUUAUAGCUGCACAUUUUGCGACUGAAAUGAUUGUAAAUACUGUAAAUGCAAUGCAGAUAAUAAAAGAGAGAACAGGGUGCAAAAUGUU